AAACUCUUGCCAGCAUGUGUUUUUAAUUCAGUUAUCUCCCUUAUUCUGUACUGUGUUUUGGAAAGUGCUUGAGUAAUAACUUGCUCUUUUAUUUUCUAGUACUGACCAUUUUUCAAGGUGUUAUAUACUUUAUCUACUUCAUCUCCAUCAAAAGAGCAAAAUUCUCUAAAAAUUUUAAAAAUAAAAAAUUGCAGCCAUGAGUUCAGACUCCGAAAUGGCCAUUUUUGGAGAGGCUGCUCCUUAUCUCCGAAAAUCUGAGAAGGAGAGAAUUGAAGCCCAAAACAAGCCUUUUGAUGCUAAAACUUCAGUCUUUGUGGUGGAAGCCAAGGAAUCCUAUGUGAAAAGUACCAUACAGAGUAAAGAAGGGGGGAAAGUAACUGUGAAGACAGAAGGUGGAGUGACUCUCACUGUGAAGGAUGAUCAAGUCUUCCCCAUGAACCCUCCCAAAUAUGACAAGAUUGAGGACAUGGCCAUGAUGACUCACCUUCAUGAACCUGGGGUCCUGUAUAACCUGAAAGAGCGUUAUGCAGCCUGGAUGAUCUAUACCUACUCAGGCCUCUUCUGUGUCACUGUCAAUCCCUACAAGUGGCUACCAGUGUAUAACCCAGAAGUGGUGGCUGCCUACAGAGGCAAAAAACGACAGGAGGCCCCUCCCCACAUCUUCUCCAUCUCUGACAAUGCCUAUCAGUUCAUGUUAACUGAUCGUGAGAAUCAGUCAAUCUUAAUCACUGGAGAAUCUGGUGCUGGAAAGACUGUCAACACUAAACGUGUCAUUCAGUACUUUGCAACAAUUGCAGUGACUGGGGAGAAGAAAAAAGAAGAUUCUGGAAAGGGGACACUAGAAGAUCAAAUCAUCAGUGCCAAUCCCCUGCUGGAGGCCUUUGGAAAUGCCAAAACUGUGAGGAAUGACAACUCAUCCCGCUUUGGUAAAUUCAUUAGGAUCCACUUUGGUACCACAGGGAAACUGGCUUCAGCUGACAUUGAAACAUAUCUGCUAGAGAAGUCUAGAGUUACUUUUCAACUAAAGGCUGAAAGAAGUUAUCACAUUUUUUAUCAGAUCACAUCCAAUAAGAAGCCAGAGCUAAUUGAAAUGCUUCUGAUUACCACCAACCCAUAUGAUUACACCUUUGUCAGUCAAGGGGAGAUCACUGUUCCCAGCAUUGAUGAUCAGGAGGAAUUGAUUGCCACUGAUAGUGCUAUUGAUAUCCUGGGUUUCACUUCAGAUGAAAAAGUGUCCAUUUACAAGCUUACAGGAGCUGUCAUGCACUAUGGAAACAUGAAAUUCAAGCAAAAGCAGAGAGAGGAACAAGCUGAGCCAGAUGGCACUGAAGUUGCUGAUAAAGCUGCCUAUCUCCAAAAUCUGAAUUCUGCUGACCUCCUUAAAGCAUUGUGUUAUCCUAGAGUGAAAGUGGGCAAUGAAUAUGUGACCAAAGGCCAGACUGUGCAACAGGUACACAAUGCUGUUGGCGCCCUGGCUAAAGCUGUCUAUGAGAAGAUGUUCCUGUGGAUGGUCACUCGUAUCAACCAGCAACUGGAUACCAAGCAGCCCAGACAGUACUUCAUUGGAGUCCUGGACAUUGCUGGCUUUGAGAUCUUUGAUUUCAACAGCCUGGAGCAGCUGUGCAUCAACUUUACCAAUGAGAAACUGCAACAGUUUUUCAACCACCACAUGUUCGUGCUGGAGCAGGAGGAGUACAAGAAGGAAGGUAUCGAGUGGACAUUCAUUGACUUUGGGAUGGACCUUGCUGCUUGCAUAGAGCUCAUAGAGAAGCCACUAGGCAUUUUCUCCAUCUUGGAAGAAGAAUGUAUGUUCCCUAAAGCAACAGACACAUCUUUCAAGAACAAGCUAUAUGACCAGCAUCUUGGCAAGUCAAGCAACUUCCAGAAACCCAAACCUACCAAAGGAAAGGUUGAAGCCCAUUUCUCUCUGAUACACUAUGCUGGCACUGUCGACUACAACAUUGCAGGCUGGCUAGACAAGAAUAAGGACCCCCUGAAUGAGACAGUGGUUGGGCUGUACCAGAAAUCCUCAAUGAAAACUCUAGCUUAUCUCUUCUCUGCAUAUGCUGCAGGUGAAGCAGAGGGUGGAGCAAAGAAAGGUUCCAAGAAGAAAGGUUCAUCUUUCCAGACGGUGUCAGCUCUUUUCAGGGAGAAUUUAAAUAAACUGAUGACCAAUCUAAGGAGCACUCACCCUCAUUUUGUACGAUGUAUCAUUCCCAAUGAAACCAAAACUCCUGGUGCCAUGGAACAUGAACUUGUCCUUCACCAGUUGAGGUGUAAUGGUGUGCUAGAAGGCAUCAGAAUUUGCCGGAAAGGAUUCCCAAGCCGAAUCCUCUAUGGUGACUUCAAACAAAGAUACAAGGUUUUAAAUGCAAGUGCUAUUCCUGAAGGGCAGUUCAUUGAUAGCAAGAAGGCUUCUGAGAAACUUCUUGGAUCGAUUGAUGUGGAUCACACCCAGUAUAAAUUUGGUCACACAAAGGUUUUCUUCAAAGCUGGUCUUUUGGGUCUCUUGGAAGAGAUGAGAGAUGACAAGCUAGCACAAAUUAUCACCAGAACUCAAGCCGUGUGCAGAGGAUUCCUUAUGAGGGUAGAAUACCAGAAAAUGUUGCAAAGAAGAGAAGCCCUCUUUUGUAUUCAGUACAAUGUUCGUGCCUUCAUGAAUGUCAAGCAUUGGCCUUGGAUGAAAUUAUUCUUUAAAAUCAAGCCCCUACUCAAGAGUGCUGAAACUGAGAAGGAGAUGGCCACCAUGAAAGAGGAAUUUGAGAAAACAAAAGAAAGUCUUGCAAAGUCAGAAGCAAAAAGGAAAGAGCUGGAAGAAAAAAUGGUAUCUCUCUUAAAAGAGAAAAAUGACCUGCAGCUCCAAGUCCAAUCAGAAGCUGAUAGCUUGGCUGAUGCAGAGGAGCGAUGUGAACAACUUAUCAAGAAUAAAAUUCAGCUUGAGGCAAAAAUCAAAGAAGUAACUGAAAGAGCUGAAGAUGAAGAAGAGGUAAAUGCUGAACUGACAGCCAAGAAGAGGAAAUUAGAGGAUGAAUGUUCAGAGCUCAAGAAAGACAUCGAUGACCUUGAGUUGACACUAGCCAAGGUUGAAAAGGAAAAACAUGCUACAGAAAACAAGGUGAAAAACCUCACAGAAGAGAUGGCAGGACUGGAUGAAACUAUUGCUAAGCUUACUAAGGAGAAAAAAGCCCUCCAAGAGACCCAUCAGCAGACCCUGGAUGACCUGCAAGUAGAAGAGGACAAAGUGAAUACACUAACUAAAGCCAAAACCAAAUUGGAACAGCAAGUGGAUGAUCUUGAAGGUUCAUUGGAGCAAGAAAAGAAGCUUCGCAUGGAUUUGGAGAGAGCAAAGAGAAAACUUGAGGGUGACCUCAAGUUAGCCCAAGAAUCCACAAUGGAUAUGGAAAAUGACAAAGUACAGCUUGAUGAAAAGCUUAAAAAGAAGGAAUUUGAAAUUAGCAACCUACAAAGCAAGAUUGAAGAUGAACAGGCAGUAGAAAUUCAACUACAGAAAAAGAUUAAAGAGUUGCAGGCUCGCAUUGAAGAACUGGAGGAGGAAAUAGAGGCAGAACGGGCCUCUCGGGCCAAAGCUGAGAAGCAGCGAUCUGAUCUCUCCAGGGAACUUGAGGAGAUCAGUGAGCGCCUGGAAGAAGCUGGUGGGGCAACUUCAGCUCAGAUUGAGAUGAACAAGAAGCGAGAGGCUGAAUUCCAGAAGAUGCGCAGGGACCUUGAAGAGGCCACCCUGCAGCAUGAAGCCACAGCAGCCACUCUUCGGAAGAAGCAUGCGGAUAGUGUGGCUGAGCUUGGGGAACAAAUCGACAACUUGCAGAGGGUGAAACAGAAACUGGAGAAGGAGAAGAGUGAAUUGAAGUUGGAGAUUGAUGACCUUGCGAGUAACAUGGAAAUGAUCUCCAAAGCAAAGGCAAAUCUUGAAAAGCUGUCCCGAAGUCUGGAAGACCAAGUUAGCGAACUUAAGAGCAGGGAAGAAGAACAGCAGCGUCUGGUCAGUGAGCUGACAGCCCAAAGAGCACGACUGCAGACAGAAGCAGGUGAAUAUUCCCGUCAAUUAGAUGAGAAAGAAAUUUUAGUCUCUCAGUUGUUAAGGGGUAAACAAGCAUUUACCCAACAAGUUGAAGAACUGAAGAGACAGUUAGAAGAGGAGUCUAAAGCCAAGAAUGCUCUGGCCCAUGCCCUGCAGUCAUCCCGCCAUGACUGUGACUUGUUACGGGAACAAUAUGAAGAGGAACAGGAAGCCAAGGCUGAACUGCAAAGGGCUUUGUCCAAGGCCAAUGGUGAAGUUGCUCAGUGGAGGACCAAAUAUGAGACAGAUGCUAUUCAACGCACAGAGGAAUUAGAAGAGGCCAAGAGGAAGCUUGCCCAGCGCCUACAAGAUGCUGAGGAGCAUGUGGAAGCUGUGAAUGCCAAAUGUGCUUCCCUUGAAAAGACCAAGCAGCGCCUACAGAAUGAAGUGGAGGAUCUCAUGCUUGAUGUAGAGCGGUCCAAUGCUGCCUGUGCUGCUCUUGAUAAAAAGCAAAGGAAUUUUGACAAGGUGUUGUCAGAAUGUAAACAGAAAUAUGAGGAAACUCAGGCUGAGCUUGAAGCUUCCCAAAAGGAGUCCAGGGCUCUCGGCACAGAACUCUUCAAGAUGAAGAAUGCUUAUGAGGAAUCCUUGGACCAAAUUGAAACCCUGAAGCGAGAGAAUAAGAAUUUGCAACAGGAGAUAUCUGACCUCACUGAGCAAGUGGCAGAGGGAGGGAAACAACUUCAUGAAUUGGAGAAAAUAAAGAAGCAAGUAGAACAAGAAAAAUGUGAAUUACAAGCUUCUCUUGAGGAAGCAGAGGCAUCUCUUGAACAUGAAGAGGGAAAAAUCCUUCGUAUCCAACUUGAGUUGAACCAAGUCAAGUCUGACAUUGACAGGAAAUUGGCUGAAAAAGAUGAGGAACUUGAACAGUUAAAAAGAAAUCACAUUAGAAUUGUAGAGUCUAUGCAGAGCACACUAGAUGCUGAGAUAAGAAGCAGAAAUGAUGCUCUCAGGAUAAAGAAGAAGAUGGAGGGAGAUUUGAAUGAAAUGGAAAUCCAACUGAAUCAUGCCAACCGCCAAGCUACAGAGGCCAUAAGGAACUACAGAAAUACUCAAGUGUUAUUAAAGGAUACACAGAUCCAUCUGGAUGAUGCUCUCCGAGGCCAGGAGGACCUGAAAGAGCAGCUGGCAAUGGUUGAGCGCAGAGCCAACCUACUGCAGGCUGAGAUUGAGGAGCUGCGGGCAACUCUGGAACAGACAGAGAGGAGCAGGAAGAUAGCAGAACAAGAGCUUCUGGAUGCCAGUGAACGUGUGCAACUCCUACACACCCAGAACACCAGCCUGAUCAAUACCAAGAAGAAACUGGAAACUGAUGUUUCUCAGCUCCAGAGUGAAGUGGAAGAAGUAAUUCAAGAAUCUCGAAAUGCAGAAGAAAAGGCCAAGAAGGCCAUCACCGAUGCAGCCAUGAUGGCUGAGGAGCUGAAGAAGGAGCAGGACACCAGUGCCCACCUGGAGAGGAUGAAGAAGAACAUGGAGCAGACAGUGAAGGACCUGCAGCACCGCCUGGAUGAGGCUGAGCAACUGGCCCUGAAAGGAGGAAAGAAGCAGAUCCAGAAAUUGGAAUCCAGAGUUCGUGAGCUUGAAGGAGAGGUUGAGAGUGAACAAAAACGCCAUGCUGAAGCUAUUAAAGGUCUACGAAAACAUGAAAGGAGAGUAAAGGAACUCACUUACCAGACUGAAGAAGAUCGAAAGAAUGUUCUCAGGCUCCAGGACCUAGUAGAUAAACUACAGGCAAAGGUGAAAUCUUAUAAGAGACAAGCUGAAGAAGCUGAGGAACAGUCCAAUGUUAAUCUCUCUAAAUUCCGAAAGCUCCAGCAUGAGCUAGAGGAGGCUGAGGAACGUGCUGACAUUGCUGAGUCCCAGGUUAACAAACUUCGGGUGAAAAGCCGGGAAGUUCACACCAAAGUCAUUAGUGCUGAGUAAUCAGUAUUAAUUGAAGCCUCUAAGUGACUAAAGAAAUGCACAAAAUGUGAUAUUUUUAGUCACUUGGUCCUAUUUAUAUUCUUUAUUCUGUCUUCACUAUCUGGUAAAUAAAGCAAAUUUUGCUAGCAAA